AUGUCUCUUGCUUCACAAUUCCAUCAUGCCCUUCGCGCUCUGGGCUUGGGGCACGGAUCUGCUCUUCUGUUAUUGUUGAUUCCGACCUCCUUCCUGUUCAUUUAUAUCCUAGUCAAUGAGUUCGUUCGUUAUUCCACUCGUAUCCCGAACUUGCCAGGUCCCCGAGGUUACCCAUUGCUUGGAAGCCUUCCAUCGCUGCGUGGCAAGAUCCCGGCUGAAGAAUACCGUCAAUGGGGGAAACGCUAUGGCGAUGUUUUUCAGCUCCAAUUGGGCAACACGACAACUGUUGUGGUCAAUAGCGCAGCUGCGGCUAGAGAUUUCUUCAUAUCGCAACGCAACGCAACAAACGGCCGUCCCCGUUUCUAUGUUUUGCAUAACAAAGUCCAGAAAGGGAACGCUGUGACCAGCAUUGGAACAAGCGAAUGGGACCACAGCUGCAAAAGGCGACGGAAGGUUGCCGCCACAGCACUUAAUAAAACAAGCGUCGAGAGCUACCUGCCGAUUUUGAACCUUGAAUCUCGAGCAUUUCUUAACGAUUUGCUCGCGGCCUCAAAAGGAGGAGCUCAGAGUUCCACCAAUGUGCUUGAUAUAUGCCAGAAGUUUGCUCUGAAUCUCAGCUUGACCCUGAGCUAUGGCACACGGGUCGAGGACGUCAAGGAUCUACAUAACAACAUCCUUCUCUCCGAAAUACUAUAUAUUGAGGAGAUGAUUACUAAAUAUCGCGACGUUUCUGGGAACUACCUCAACUACAUCCCAUUGCUGCGCCCUUUUAGUUCGGCUGCCGAGCUCCUUGGAAUUUCCAAGGGCGAAAAGAUCAUGGCCGACAUUGGAAAGCGGCGUUAUGCUUAUCAUGCUCUCUUACAAAAGAAUUUACGAGGAGAGAUUGAUUUGGGGGUUGAUAAACCAUGUAUUCAAGGCAAUGUCCUGAAAGAUCCCGACAGCAAGGGUUUGACAGAGGGAGAACUCCUGAGUAUCAGCAUGAGCAUGAUGGCCGGAUCAGACACCACGAAGCGAUCCCUGCUCUGGGGCAUGCAGUUGCUAGCAAACAGGCAAGACAUCCAACAGAAGGCGUAUCAAUCAAUCAUCGAAGCUGGAGACAACAUCGUGUCGGCACCUGACGUUGCACACACUCGAAUUGAUUACAUGGAAGCUUUAACCAAAGAAAUCGGGCGGUUCUUUGUGGUCCUGAGGCUUGCCCUGCCAAAAGCUACUCAUGGACAUGUCAACUGGAGCGGCGCCAAUAUUCCACCCAAAACCCUUCUGUUUUUAAACACCUGGGCCUGUUCUCGAGAUACGGACGUGUUUGCGGAUGCAGACGUCUUCGACCCCGAGAGAUGGCUUGAGGGUGAGGAUGUUCAUCGGCAUCAAUUUGCGUUCGUCGCAAUUCUGGGUGAUUACCUUUUUGUCGACGGCGGAGAUAUUUCGGAAUAUAUCGAUGGUGUAAAGGACUCAGGGAGGAACGUUUCUGAGGCUGUCAAAAACACAACCUUAAUCCCGUUGAACUCGAAAUGGACACCUAGUAAUGUGCACAACCUUUACCGAUAUGCCGAGUAUCCCGCCGAAAUCCAGCCGGCCCGAGACCACAUCCUAUGGACGAACCGAGACAAGAACGAACUAUAUAGAUGGGCAGGAGGACCGUCCCGCGGUUAUUCGAUAAAAGACAGAGUAGAUAACAGCAUGGGCGUAUUGGCAGCCGCUGGGAAGGAGGGUAUGCAAUGGAAGAUCACUUCCGCAAACGACCAAGCACACCCCCCAGGCAAAGAUGGAGCACCUACGUCUUGCGAUGGCCUGGGCCUCUAUUUCGGCGGCUACACGACCGAGAAUACAGUCAAGGACAACAGAGACUACAUUAUAUUCGAGGGCGUGCUGGUAUACAAUAUGUCAGAAUCCACGUGGAGAAGAAGCAUCAACAAUACCAUGGAUCUGCGCGGUCGAAGACAUGAGAUGGGGGAAGCAGUAUGCAUAGAAGGGUUACUUGAUAGCCCCUUGGCGUUGGUACUUGGCGGCGCCUGGAAAAACGAGAGCGGCAUUGCUCGACCGAACUACUUUUCUCAGGUAACUUUAUACGACCCUGUCAACGACAUGUGGUAUGCCCAGCAAACAAUAGGUGCCGAACCACUGAACCGGAAUGAUUUCUGUGCUGUUGGAGCAAAAAGCCAGACUGGGACUUUUAUCUUUGGAGGCAAUGGCCCAUACUCCGGGGUUGAGAAGAUUUGCAUCCUCUCCCUCCCUGGAUUCUAUUGGUUCUGUCCAAAGCAGUUUGGAGUCGACUUGGAUAUUCGAACACGUCAUAGCUGCGCCCGCAUAGGAAAUCGGCAGAUGGUAUCAGUUGGUGGGGUUGGGGAGUGGUAUAUAGGAAACGAAACCUGGAAGUCGCCAGACACAUGGCCCAAUGGCAUCGGUAUAUUCGACCUCACUGAGUUAAAGUGGAAGGAGGAGUAUGACCCUGACGCCAAGCCUUAUGAAUCACCGCAAAUUGUCCAAGAGUGGUACGCUAAAAAGGAUCGUCAGCAAGUGGCUUGGGCCAGCCCCCAACUGGAAGCCUUAUUCAACAAAAAAUCGAGCACGGACACUACUCAAACCAUGCCCGCUCCUACGAUGACAGACUCGCCAAAGAACGAUUCGGAUACUGAUAAAUCACGCAAUAUUGGACCAAUCGUGGGAGGUGCCGUUGGAGGCGUGGCAUUCCUAGUCUUGCUAGUCGCCGGUUUAUGGUUUCUCAAACGCCGCCGCGCUCCAGAAAAUUUCCCAGUGUCCCCGACCAACCAGCAACAUGAGCAACAUAAGACGAAGCCCAGCUACCAGCUUGGAGGUCAUGCAAAGCCUUCUACGGGUGAGCUUGACGGGGCAGUGCGGUCAGAGCUUGGAUCUGGGAUGGCCAGCCCCCUCUCUGAGCCUUACACGCCACAGCCCGAGCUCGAGGUAUCAGCUCCACUUGAGCUCGAGGGAUCCUUGUCAAACACAGCUGCCACUCGGACUGAUGUGUAG